GACAUCCUGCGGGCGAGAGAGGGAGCGAGCAGGCGCAGCUUGAUAAAGACUCUGAUUCGACCCCUGUUUCCAAUCAACUGCAGAAGGAGAACACACACACACAAAAAAAAAAAAAAGGAAAAAAAAAAAAACCACUUCCGGGAAGGUGAAGCCACGCUUUCUGGACUGCAAUAUGGAGGCUACCGGUGGAACCGAAGAGCCGGUUUCCGGGGAGCUGGUGUCUGUGGCACAUGCUCUUUCUCUCCCGGCAGAGUCGUAUGGCAACGAUCCUGAUAUUGAGAUGGCUUGGGCCAUGAGAGCAAUGCAGCAUGCUGAAGUCUAUUACAAGUUGAUUUCAUCAGUUGACCCACAGUUCCUGAAACUCACCAAAGUGGAUGACCAAAUCUACUCUGAGUUUCGGGAAAAUUUUGAGAAACUCAGGAUAGAUAUAUUGGACCCAGAAGAACUCAAAUCAGAAUCCGCUAAAGAGAAGUGGAGGCCAUUCUGCUUGAAGUUUGAUGGGAUUGUAGAAGACUUCAACUAUGGUACUUUGCUGCGACUAGACUGUUCUCAGGGAUACACUGAGGAAAACACCAUCUUUGCUCCCAGGAUACAAUUUUUUGCCAUUGAAAUUGCUCGGAACCGGGAAGGCUAUAACAAAGCAGUUUACAUCAGUGUUCAGGACAAAAAAGGAGAGAAAGGAGCCAACAGUGGAGGAGAGAAAGAAGCUGACAGUGGAGAAGAAGAGAAAGGAGUCAACAAAGAAGAAGAAGAAAAGGAGAAAACUGACAAAGGAGGAGAAAAAGAGAAAGAAGCUGACACAGAAAUCAGCAAAAGUGGUGAAACAGCUAUGUAAGGUAGACAGGAAACAGCACUGUAGAAGCUGUGGCUCAACUGAGCCUACAAGUACCAUGGUACUACUUGCACAGACUCCUUUGGUUAAAUAUAUGUUCUUGUGCAGUUGAAGGACACUCAGAAGGACAUCUUUCUAGUCUGAUAACCAGGAGUUGUUCAUUUUCUUAGUGGCUUACAGACUAUUAGUGGAUCUUAGUUGAUUGUUUCUUGGUAUAUUAUUUCUUGGCUCUCACCACAGUCAAGUAAGAAAUUUUGUAAAUAAAUUUCUUUUGGUUCUUAUCUAUA